GACAAAACCAUGGAGUUUGAAGAAUUGAGCAAGAUCAUAAAGAGCGGUAAAGUUGUGGGUACCAACAGUUCCUCAACCUCACUGGAAUUAGCAGAUCCUGCUCCAUCUUAUGAAAACUUUCGCAACACUAUAUACCAUUAUCCAUCAGUACCACACAGAUCAUGGACAGAUUACCCGAGUGGGCCAGGAAUUUCCAAGCGAAGGCGACCAGUUCCUGGAGUAUCAAGAUUUGUCAACAGUGUCAGGAAGUUACGAAAAGACUCUAGCUCUCGUUUAACGAAACCGUUCGAGGAAGUUAUGUCAAGCGAAGACGAUGUUUCAGACAGCGACAGAAAUUACAAGCUGAGCUCGACGUUCAACGAUGCCUCCGAUAUCUCUUUUAAUACUGCUUUGAUGAUGGAUGGUCCGCCUAAAGACCAAUAUGUUCCACUGUCAAAGCCAAAAUUUUCUCGAUCUUCAUCCAAAUCAUCAAUAAUUGCUAUUCCGGAAACUGAAACACGCGAACAAAUAUUGCAGCGACCGGACAGACUUCGUGGACUUCGAUCGAAAUCGCAUAAUAGUAUUAGAGACGGACGUCCACCUCGUAUAUGGAGAAAGAAGCUGUCCAGCUCUCCAAAGAACGCUGGCUCGGCGCUUGGCAUCCAAUUCAACAACACCGUAACCGAAGAAGAAAGCAUGGGAUUCAACCAAGCGCCAGACCAGCAUGAAACUAUGAUCAAUAUUAGAGCAGCUAUGAACAACAUGUCAAAUAUUUUGGGACAUCAAACUCCCACGUCGCCGAUUGCUGUACAAGAAACUGCUGCCAAACUGUAAUGUAUAAUUUGUAUGCUGUGUUGGACGUUUGAUAUUGUAUACUAAAAAUCCUUCACUUCAGGCCCAGUGACUAUCUCGUUCACGAACUUGUCCAAAGAAUUGAGUAUCUUCAAGGAAGAAUGAGGUUUGAAGAAGAUAAAAUCCAGAAAAGCAGAGAUGAGAUCAAAUUCUACAUUGAAAACCUCCAGACAUUAGACGACAAGGUCGAGCAACUGAAUUCAGGUAUUGCUGCAGCAAGGGUGACUUCUAUACCCGGUAUGGAACAACAACUAGCUGAAACUGGCCAAAGAAAUCCCAAUUUAAAACGAUCAAGAAAUGCUCACAUCAAGACAGUCAAGAGUAUCGACCAGCAAAACAGACGUAUGAAAGACUAUCCU